GCCUCUUCUUCCUGUGAUGUCAUGCUACAAAUUGCCUGAGCGCUCUGCUCUCCUCUCCAGAAGGAGCUGGGCUGCAGGAGGGCUGCCGAGAGCUGUGGGCUGCAGGAACAAACACGCUCUGGAAUUCGGUUUCUGCCCUGGCAAGCAGCUCCCUUCUGCUUCUGCUUCCUGCCCCAUGGGGCCAGCCAGCAAGCUGAAAAACUUGUUGUACAGAAAGAAGGCUGAGGGAGAAAUGCAAGUGCCCACGUUGUGGCGUCCAGGAAAUCGUUUCGUAAGGCACACACUCCCAGUACGUUCGGAUGGACAAGGCUUUGCCGUCACGAUCUGCAGCCAGGAGUAAGGCAGAAAGCCCUACAAUGGUGGGAAAUGGAAUUAAGCAAGCUUUGAGGUGAUCUCAUCUGCCACAGGUGAUGCCUUUUCUGCCUUUUGUCCACUGGCUAUGUGAUUACAAAUAGCACUCGGAAGAAAAGAGUGACCUUCUGGUGAUUUCUGCUGGAGAUGUACUCCCCCGCCACAGAGCUCACCUUUCUUCCCUGAAGCUUCACAGCACAACAGAUUUGCCAAAGCACACUGUUCAAAAUACAUCUGAUCUGCGAGUUCUUCUGGAAUUUCAAAAAAGUUGCAAUAAAAAUACCAGAGAAACCUCCAAAUCACAGGAAUUUCAAACAUACCAUUAUAAUGGUAAGCUCUAAUUGUUCUACUGAGGACUCCUUUAAAUAUACUUUGUAUGGGUGUAUCUUUAGCAUGGUGUUUGUUCUCGGCCUCAUAGCAAACUGUGUGGCAAUCUACAUUUUCACUUGUACCUUAAAAGUGCGAAAUGAAACUACAACUUACAUGCUUAAUUUAGCCAUAUCGGAUCUGCUUUUCGUGUUUACAUUACCCUUCAGGAUUUAUUACUUUGUAACCAGAAACUGGCCAUUUGGAGACAUUCUUUGCAAGAUUUCUGUCACCCUCUUUUAUACAAAUAUGUAUGGGAGCAUUUUAUUUCUGACUUGCAUAAGUGUAGAUCGCUUUUUAGCUAUCGUACACCCCUUCCGAUCUAAGACUCUUCGAACCAAGAGGAAUGCAAAAAUCGUCUGUGUCGCAGUGUGGAUAAUUGUGUUAGCAGGCAGCACACCAGCAAGCUUUUUCCAGUCUACAAACUGCCAUAACAACACUGCACAAAGGACAUGCUUUGAAAACUUUUCAGAGGACACGUGGAAAACCUACCUAUCUCGGAUUGUUAUCUUCAUUGAAACAGUUGGGUUUUUUAUUCCACUCAUCUUGAAUGUUACCUGCUCCACCAUGGUCCUACGGACUUUGAAUAAGCCGCUUACAUUAAGCCGGAAUAAAUUAAGCAAGAAAAAGGUACUCAAAAUGAUUGUUGUCCAUUUGGUGAUAUUCUGUUUCUGCUUUGUGCCUUAUAAUGUUACCUUAAUACUUUACUCCCUUAUGAGAACACAGACCUGGAUUAAUUGCUCAGUGGUAACUGCAGUCAGGACUAUGUACCCCAUCACUCUGUGUAUCGCCGUUUCAAACUGCUGUUUUGACCCUAUCGUCUACUACUUCACAUCAGACAAUCCAAAAUUCGAUAAAAAAGAACCGGUCCACAAGAACACGGGAUGUCAGAUUCUCUGAAAGGCCAGUUUCAGAAAACUUCAUUCAACACAGCCUUCAGACCAUAAAAAUGAAAAUAUUUGACAGUGACUCUACAAUAUAAACUAUAUUAAAAGACUACUGGGACUAAACUGGAUUUA